CAGAGUUCAGUGCGCCAUGAAGAGCUCGGGGAGGUCUUGCAGCCUUGUGCUGUUGACGAUGGCUGCAGUCUCCAGCGGCCGCAACGCCAGAGAUUACUUCCAGGAGACGCGAUUCCAUUAUUCUCCUUCUAGGCCCGAAGACGCCCUGGUCUUUUUCAUAGGCAAUGCUCCGCCCCUCAUUUGUGAACCGGAGAAAGAUGACGAUCGGGUUGGGGGCGGCGGUCCAAAGGAUGAUUUUCGUCUCAGUCUACCACAUGGGUACUCGUCCUACUCAUGUACGUUCGAAGGAAAUGAAACAAAACACACUAACCUCAACCUGGUCCGAGACAGUGCACCGCAUCUUUUCGGUUUCAGUGGGGGACGGAAAGUAAGUUUUACCGGUUUGAGAAUGUACUGUACUAACGAUUCACAGCUGCCAGACGAAUAUUUCCAUCUGAGAGUGCAGCGCCCUUGUGAGGAUCGUCCAGUGAAAUGUCGCCUCCCGAGAGACAGUGGAAUGCUGUACUUGAGGUUUCCAGGAUACCCCACCAUCGUUUGCCAGCUUAGUACUAUCAGAGAACGUUACCAUUUCAGUCUGCCAGGUAUUGCUGAUGAACCACUCAAAUGUGCGUUCCGCGUGUAUUCAGAAUUACCUCUAGGGGACACACACACAGAAGAACGGCUCUACGAGUCUCUCAUUCGUGGACUCCCGGGUCACGUGGAUGGUAUCCGCCCACGUGUCGUUUGCUCCCGCCAUACAAUCUCUAAUGGGACUGAGCACUUUCAGUUACAGCUGCAGGGUGGCGCCACCUAUGAUUGCAGUUUCCCCGAAUUUGUUUCUCCCACUGUGCCACAGCCAGAAACCACACCUCAAAACUAAAGGCCAGCACUCCCACCGAGGAAGAAGACUUGUUAUGGCAACGAAGCGGAAAUACAAACGAAAACAAUCGGAAAAAUAUUUUAUAGUAAUGCA